AUGGGUGUACGAAUCAUAGAGGAGGAGAACUGUUCAUCAGCGGACUACCGACUUGGUUAUCCAAACACUCCUCUUCCACAUGUUUUUGAAGGCAAUAUGAUUAAUGAGGCCGGAGAAGGUGAAGAAUCUGCAGGCGAAGAUGAAGUGACAGAGCCAAGCAGUAACUGGAUGCUGUAUUGUGCGAUAGUAGAGGAAUGCAUUGAAAACAACCUGACCAAGGAUGAAACUGAGAGAUAUGUACAAGAAGUCCACCAAAUCCCACUUCAACAUACCAACCGAGUUUGGGAUCAUCUUGAAAGGAUGUAUCCAGAUUUGUUCAUAGCGUACAAUGCAAGGAUGCGUGAGCGCAAUGCAAGAAUCCCUCAGCGCGUUGCGAAACCUUCACCACCAGAGGUAACUUCCGCAAGGAGACGUAAAGUGCGUGGGACUAAGAAAGAAUACCGUCUAUCUCCUCCUCCUUAUUGUCGCCCUUUGUUGACUGAUAUAAAUGUCCCGGCUGCAUCACCACAAGAAGCUGCUUCUUAUGCUAAUGCUCUACAGAACCAAAACCUUCAAGCCUCCCAGCAGCAGCCAGCUUAUCCCAACGACUUUUGGCAGCAGCUUUUGAGUACUUUGGGUCAGAUAAAGAGUAAUACACAGUAUUUGAAUACUUUGGGUCAGAUUCAGAGUAAUACAGACCAAAUGGUCAAACUCUUGACCGAUGGACAUGGAUUUGGACCACAUCUUUCUGCUGCGCGAUCCUCCAAGAGACAGCGAGUUGGAGAGGCAGAAGAGAGAGGUAAAAAUGAAGAAGCAGAGAAGCUGCAGAAGAAAGAGGAAGCUGACGAUAAUGAAGCAGAGAAGCCGCAGGAGAAUGAGAGAGCUGGCGAUGAAGAAGCAGAGAAGCUGCAGGAGAAAGAGGAAGGUAACGAUGGAGAAGCAGAGAAGCUUCAGGAUUAGAUCUGCCACAAAAAAACGCAUGGAAAAGUUCUCACGUAAGCAUAGUUAUUGAUUAACAGAACAUAUUGCAAAGACACAUUACUUUCUUAUUGUCAUCCUAGACACUACUACUAGGUACU